AUGGCCAAAGCAGAACCAAUUGCUAUUGUUGGGCGCAGCUGUAGAUUUCCUGGGGGUUCUUCUACCACAGCGCAACUAUGGAAGCUUCUCCUGGAGCCUCAGGACCUCUCCUCCGGGCCACCCUCAGGACGGUUCAACGCAGAUGCCUUCUACCACAAUGAUCCAAGACGCCCUGGAACAACCAACGCCGUCAAAUCCUACUUCCUUGAGGAACCAAUAGACCGAUUCGAUGCACCUUUCUUCAACAUCUCGAGAACCGAGGCUGAGAGUAUCGACCCCCAACAGAGAUUGCUAUUAGAAACUGUGUAUGAAGGCCUAGAGGCUGCCGGAUGUCGCCUUGAGGAUUUAUCAGGAUCCUCAACCGGGGUCUUCUGCGGUGUCAUGUGUGAUGACUAUCGAAGCAUGGUCUUCCGGGACUUGGACACCCUUCCCCAAUACGCUGCGACGGGAACCUCCCAAGCAAUCGUCGCAAAUCGAAUCUCAUACUUCUUCAACCUCCGCGGGCCGUCGAUCACCGUGGAUACGGCAUGUUCCUCUAGUCUGGUAGCCGUACACUUAGCGGCAAGGGCAUUGGCAGACGGCGAUUGCCACCUUGCCGUCGCUGCUGGCACAAACCUGAUUCUGGCUCCCAAUGUCUUCCUGAGCGAGUCGAGUCUCAACAUGCUAAGUCCCACUGGUCACAGUCGUAUGUGGGAUGCAAAUGCAGACGGAUACGCUCGUGGUGAGGGCGUUGCUGCUGUGGUGAUGAAGCGGCUAAGCGAUGCAAUAAGGGAUGGCGAUCACAUUGAGUGCGUGGUGCGAGCGACUAAUGUGAACCAAGAUGGAAGAACGCCGGGUAUUACCAUGCCAUCUCCAGAGGCCCAGAAGGAUUUGAUCAUGAAAACAUAUUCGGACGCCGGAUUAGAUCCUCAGAACCGUCCCGAGGAUCGGUGUCAAUACUUCGAAGCUCAUGGCACUGGGACACGGGCCGGAGAUCCACAGGAAGCUAGGGCGAUUCAUGGCGCCUUCUUCGGGCCGAGUGCCACGGCUAGUAACGACAGUAGCGCCUUGUUGGUUGGCUCCGUGAAGACGAUCAUCGGCCACACAGAAGGCGCAGCAGGCCUGGCCGGUCUACUAAAAGCCUCCCUGUGCAUUGAAAACGCCACCAUCAGCCCAAACAUGCACUUUGAGAACCUAAAUCCUGACAUUGCUCCCUAUGCAGGCUCACUGAGAGUGCCCACCGAAGUUCUUCCAUGGCCAACCCUUUCACCGGGAACCCCUAGGCGUGCAUCAGUUAAUUCAUUUGGCUUCGGGGGCACUAAUGCCCAUAUAAUUUUGGAAAGUUACGAUGUGGGUUCAGAGAGCCAUUCCUUGAAGGGUCCACCAGCUAUUCUACCCUUCGUCUUUUCAGCAAGCUCGGAGUGGGCUUUGGGGCAGCUGCUGCAUCGCUAUUGUACAUUUCUUGAUGAGAAUCCCGACACUGACUUGACAAAUCUGGCGUGGUCAUUGUUCGCUCGACGUAGUUUACUCAGUCACCGAGUUUGGUUCUGUGCAUCAUCAGGUUCAGAAUUACGAGAUGCCAUAAAAGAAGAAAUAUGUUCCCGGCAAUCUGGCACACUUGAAACUAUCCUGGGAGCCCCGCCCUGUGGUCCAAAACGCAUUCUAGGGAUAUUUACUGGUCAGGGAGCACAAUGGGCGAAAAUGGGUAUAGAGUUGAUCAGAGCAUGCCCUGAAGCAGGUAAUUGGAUGGCCGAAAUGCAGAAAUCCUUGGACGAGCUACCAGACCAGUAUCGCGACACAGGCUUUUCGUUGAUGCACGAGCUCUCGUUGUCGCCAGACACAUCACGGAUAAACCAGGCCACCGUGUCGCAACCCUUGUGCACCGCCAUCCAAAUAGUAUUGAUAAAGAUUCUAUCGACUUUAGGAAUCAAGCUCUCAGCUGUUAUAGGGCAUUCAUCAGGCGAGAUAGCUGCUGCACAUGCAGCCGGUUUCAUCACGGCCUCUGAUGCAAUUCGCAUCGCCUAUUUCAGGGGGGUAUUUUCGCGACUGGCUCGGAGCAGGGGUGGCCAGGCAGGUGCCAUGGCAGCCGCUGGCCUGUCCCACGAGGAAGCAGAAUCCCUGUGCAGAGAGUCAAAGUGGGCAGGUCGAGUGACAAUUGCCGCCUAUAACUCUCCGAAUAGUGUAACUCUUUCAGGAGAUGCUGAUGGAAUUCACGAGUUAUGCAGUGUGAUGCAGGAUGAAGGCAAAUUCUGCAGGGCGCUAAAGGUAGACACUGCGUAUCACUCAAAUCAUAUGCUGGCUUGCUCAGCCAAAUAUAAGAAAGCGCUAGAGGAUUGUCGCAUCACACCGACUCAAAAUAGUGCGGCCGCAAAAUGGUUCUCUAGCGUACUUGAAGGUCGCAUAAUGAGCCAAGAUGACCGGAAACUACUCUCCGCAGAGUACUGGAACGAGAACUUGGUCAGCCCAGUUAGGUUCAACCAGGCUGUGGUUGCAGUAACCCGCGAUACGUCAUUUGACCUUGCCAUUGAGAUUGGGCCACAUUCAGCUUUGAAAGGGCCUUUCCAACAGAGCUUAUCUGGUCCUGAAAUACCCUAUACGAGUAUGCUCAAACGUGGCUCUAAUGACAUGCUAUCUGUCGCAUCUAUGAUUGGAACCUGCUGGGCCCACCUAGGGCCGGACUCUAUUCACCUGGCAGAACAUAUUAAGCUCUGCGAUAGCACCCGUGAGCCACAGCUCCUGAAGCAUCUCCCAUCAUACCCAUUUGAUCAUCGGGAGGAAUAUUGGGGUGUAUCACGCCUAACAGAUGUGGCGCUUAACCGCAAGGAUGCGCCGGAUGAGCUUUUAGGAAUUCUCUGUCCGGACUCAGGCGAAGGUGAAUGGCGUUGGCGCAACCACCUGCGCCACGAGGAUAUCCCGUGGAUUCAUGGGCACCGUGUUCAAUCACAGAUCAUAUUUCCCAUAAGCGCCUACUUGGCCAUGUUAUGGAAAGGUGCAAGGAUCAUUACAAACGCCCAACCAUUUCGCUUCGUCGAGAUUUCCGACGUCGAGUUAUUGCAUACAGUUGUUUUAGAUGGCCAUAUGGAGCAGAGCAUCGAAACAUUGUUCAAAGUCGAUGUGCUGACUGAAGAUAAGAACGUUGUUUAUCUGGACUUCGCGUGUUAUAUUGAAAUUGAAGGGUCUAUGCGGCGCUGUGCGUCGGGGAAAUCGUCGCUCCAUAAAGGAGAGCAGUCCUCAAUGCUGCUACCUACUCAACCAUUUGAUGACUGCAGCCUGACGCUGACGGAUUCUGCUCCAUUUUAUUCAACACUGGCCAAGUUGGGAUAUGAAGUCUCUGAAGAGCUCAAGGUGAUUUCCAAGCUGCACCAUCAUGUCCCUCAUACACGCGGAUUCUUAAGGAACCUGGAACAGACGUGCCCAAAGACCCAAGUUUACUAUGGAGCAGCCCUUGACGCUUCAAUUCAAACUCUUCUAGCAGCCGCAGACGCACAGAGUCCGAGACUAUUGUCGGUCCCUUUUGUGCCGAGUAAGAUUAGGCGGAUUGUUCUAAAUCCCAUGUCACUGCACUCGCAUUUACUAAAGAAUGCAGUGGUAUUCGACAGUAUCUUGAGCAAUGCUACUAGCUAUAAAAUAGAAGGCGACGUUGAUCUGUUCGCGGACGGGGGACAAGGGAUUAUGCAGCUAGAGGGCGUUACCCUUGUGCCAUCCAGGGAGCCGGACGCGGGCAGUCACACACUGUUUUCAGAAGUUGCCUGGGGCCGUUUGGUUCCACAUGUCACUGCAGAUAACGCAGAUCUACCUAUCGGGGUCGAGGAUACGGACCUGGAGGCACUUGAGCGGAUUUCCCUCUGCUAUCUGGCCCACGCGGCCAGGCUUGUCCCACAGCACGAACGAAUCCACACGAGUGGCCAGACUGCCGCCUUACUGGACUGGAUCGAUAAUGUACUAGAGCAGACGAGCGCCGGAAGUCAUCCGACCUGUCGUAAGGAGUGGAUGUUUGAUACAAUCGAACGAGUUGAAGCGCUAGCGCCCGAAGGCUCAAGCUGUAGAACCUAUGGCAUUCUGCACACGGCAGGCAGAAACCUGCUUAAUAGUGUUCGACAGCAGGGCGAGGUAGAGGCAUCAUGCGAUCUUUUGGAUCAAUGGCAAAAGAAUUCAGUUCAUCUCCAUAAGCUCAGAUGUCGCAUGCGGGACGUGUUGGAGCAGAUCUGUUUCCGAUAUCCCCAUCUGAACAUUCUUGAGGUGGGAGGCGCAGGGUACGCAGAAGCAAAUGAUGCAUUGGUUGGUAUGGGCCUGGCUUUCAAGUCUCAUGUACGCACGCAACCACCCAGUUACUGCGCAACGGCACAAAGUGACGUGGACAACCAACAUGAGCAGCAAAUCAUACACCUUGAUUUGUCCAUGAACCCAGUGAACCAAGGUUACACAGAGCAUUCGUACGAUGUGGUUCUAAUUCCCAGUGUACUCUAUAACCAUACCGCCCGCGAGCAAGCGUUGUUGAACCUUCGUCGCCUCUUGAAACCAGGUGGUUAUUUAUUGGCUAUCCAGGAGACGAAUCCAUCCGUACUCCAUACCGUGGUUCUUGCAGCUUCCGUUGGCCUUAAGGGAGAGGAAAUAUGGACACCCGAUAUGUGGCAUUCUACCCUUCAGGAUAGUGGCUUCUCCGGGGUUGAUACGAUAACUCCCGCCGUCGGAGCGUCUCUGCAGCCCUACUCUUUGAUAGUGUCACAGGCAGUCGAUGAUACAGUUAAUACCCUUCGAGACCCAUUGAUGAGUGCUAGGACAGCCGCCGACGAGCGUGAUCUUUACAUCAUUGGAGGCAAUACUCCUGAAACUGUGAAUCUUUUGCAGGGGCUGGAAGCAAUUCUGACCCCGAGGUUCCGCUCACUCGUUAAGGUUCCGGAAUUGAAAGCGUUCCGCGUGGUGGGCCAAACCCAGAUAAAUGUCCUUUACCUGGACGGUAUAGGCACCGCAUACUCCGAAGACCUUGAUGAAGACCGAUACAAUGCAAUUGAAAACAUGGUGAACAUGAGUGACAAUAUCCUCUGGGUGAAACGAGGGACUAGGUCCAGUAUCUGGAACCAAGGUAACGUUACUGCCGUGUUGCGCAGUCUCUCUUCGCAAAAGCAGAAUCUUCGCCUGCAGUGCCUUGUACUGAGUCAUGGCACUCAGCCCACCGCGUGUAGCCUUGCAACGGCGCUUCUUCGGGUGACUGACAGUUCAGUUAGUAAUGAUCACCAACUCCCAACACACGUAUGGAGCAACGAGCCCCAUUUGUUAUUGGAGGAUGGAGUGGUCUACAUCCCCAGGAUGAGGUAUAGUGAAUUAAUGAACCAGCGAGCGACCGCCUAUCAGCAAACCACAUACCAAGACGUCCAGCUCUCAAAGUCUGGAGUCCGCCUUGUUUCCAGCUCCGGCCAUCAUCACUUGGCCAUACAGCCAGUGGUGCUUGAGGAACCUGAAAAGAUUCGAAUCCAAGUAACGUUAUCCUCGCAGUCGGCAAUCAAGAUCGGUGAUGCGUAUUUGUAUCUUGUCGUUGGGAAGGUGCUCAACGGGCAGUCCUCCGUUAUUUCUCUUUCGGACGAAUGUGCUUCGGUUGUUUCAGUUCCAUCUUGCUGGGUCUGGCCGUUCGAGCGUAUUGCUCAAGAUGGGCCGAAGGCCCUGAUGGCUGUGAUCUUGGCACUUACAGCUGUAGCAGCAGUGACCCUCGCUGGUCCGAACACCACUCUCGUCGUCCACGAGCCUUGCAACCCUCUUCGGGCGCUACUAGUAGCCUGUGCGCAUAUACAAAAUGUGUCAUUGCUGUUCACAACCGGCAGUUCUGAAUCCGCCACAUCUGAUCGUUUUAUCCAUCCAUUGAGCCCCAAUCGCGUUCUUGUUAAGUUACUUCCAGAUAACGUAUCGAUGAUAUUGAGGUGUGCUGAAGAGACUGGGGGCAUAUUCUCUCGCUCAGACUUACCGCUAGCUCCGGGCGUUACUGUGGCAGGAAUCGAAGACCUCUUCUCCUCGGAGCCCUGCAUACGGGGCCAUAAAGCCAGCAGUUCCACAAUUGCAAACUUUCUGCACAUAGCUCUAGGUCUAACGGAGGGCGGAGAUUAUGCUAGGGACCCGGGAUGUAGCGUGAUUGAUGUCCAGCAGCUUGCUGGUUUGAAAUAUGACACAGGACUACCGGCAGUGGUCGAUUGGUCUAAGCAUUCCUUUGUUCGAACCAUCGUGCAGAAAGCUAGCUCUGAGCUGUUGUUUUCCGCGGAGCUGGCUUAUCUUGUUAUAAAUAUGGAUGGGGCAACGGCGAUGCUAGUAGCAGAAUUACUAAUUCAUAAAGGCGCGAGAAAGGUCGUGCUCAUAGAGUCAUCCUCUGCUGUUGAUCGGGAUUGGAUACAUGAAAUGGCCCAGCUAGGAGCCCAGGUGAAUUUUAUGAGCAUGAAUAUCACCGAUCAGGAGUCGGUCGUUGCGGUGAAAAGCACCAUCAUUCAAGAUAUCGGCCAGAUAGGAGGUGUUAUUAGUGGGGUUAUUAGGACAUUUGACCCUGAUAUUACGCCAGACACGGCCUCCAUAACCGUCCAAAGCACAUCACUACCUAAGAUCCACGGCGCCAGAAUUCUGAGCGAUGUGUUUAAUGGUAGCGAAAUGAAUUUCUUCAUUCUUUCCGCGCCAAAUAUGUGGCCAGCUGGUUUUCCAAGCCAAUAUGAGACUUCUCUGAAUGGCGCCGUUUUAUUCGAUACUGCAUAUGAGCGGAAACGUAAGGGCUUAGUAGCCAGCAUAAUACAUUCCAAAUCCCUUGCGAAAAUGGGCCUUUCGAAAGAGGAUAUUGGUGAAGUAUUUGCAGAAGCCAUCAUUGGCGGCCGCGUGUCUUCCCAGGGUGCCCUAAAUGUGAUCCCUGCGGCAGCUAUUGACCAGGGCAUGAAGAAUUCAGACGUUGCUUUCUCUCAGAACCCGAUUCUUUGGUCUAUGAUUGGUCCCGAAGCUACUCCUUCAACACCAGUAGAGGGGCAGUCCAGAGGGCAAGACCUCACCCUUAAAGAGGAGCUGAUCAGGAGUGGCCGAGAGAUUGAUAACUUGCAGAAGAUUAUCCAACGGAGAUUCACUGCAAAGCUUCAGAAGACCCUUCGACUGAGGAAAGAGGACCCUAUUCUUGCCAAUACAGCGUUAUUCGAGCUAGGGGUAGACUCAUUGGUUGCUACCAGCCUUCGCUCAUGGUUUGUGAAUGAAAUGGGUAUCGACAUGCCAAUCAUGAACCUUCUCAACAACGCAUCGAUUGGCUCAUUGGUCCAAUAUUCUGCUAAGGAGUGGCUUACCCAAACAGCGAAACAAGAUGAACAGGGCUCGUCAGUUUCUUGGGCACAAGGAUCCUCCGAAAGCUCCGGCUCUGCUUCACCGACCACUAGAAGCUCGGGUGCCGCAUCGAAUUUGGGAGACAUGCCAUUGUGCAAAGGAGAAUAUGCCCGAGUAGAACACCUAUCAUAUGCACAAUCUCGGUAUUGGUUUCUUCAACAAUAUUAUGAAGACCGGGCAGCAUUCAAUGUCACCCUCCUUUUUACUAUGGAUGGCCAACCCUCUGAAGCGGAUCUACAAUCAGCUAUCCAGAUUGUCAGCCAAAGGCACCAAUCGCUGAGAACGUGCUAUCUGAGUGAGGGAGCAGAGAUGAAGAGUGCAUGCCAGGCCAUCUUGCCUAUCUCUCCAGUGACUUUGGAAGUGUGUGAUAUUGAAGACGAGUCCGGGCUGUUCGAUGAAUAUGCCCGAAUCUGUGACCAUCCGUAUGAUACAGAGAAGGGAGAAUGCAUUCGAUUCCGCUUGGUCAAGACUCCUGCGGCCGACAGUACAUUCCUGAUAAUUGGAUACCCUCAUAUGUGCAUGGACGGUGCUAGCUGCUUCAUUCUCCUUGAGGAACUUGAUCAAGCAUAUAGGAAACUCUCGCUGCCACCAGUUUCUCGUCAAUACCCAGACUUCGCCGCUGCACAAAGAAUAUCGUAUGAACAAGGAAUGCUGCAGAGAGAAUUAGACUACUGGAAGAAGGAGCUGAACCCGUUACCGGAGCCAGUUGGACUUCUUCCAAUGACCAAAGUGCGCUCUCGUCCACCCCUUAAGGAGUAUGACACGCACGAGCUCCAGUUCUGUAUCUCGAAUACUAUAAUGGACAGAAUUCGAUCUCAGUGCCGUAGGCACCGAGUCACUCCAUUUCACUUUUCUCUAGCGGUGCUGAGAAUCCUUCUGGCUCGUCUUACCAAGACACAGGACUGUUGCAUUGGAGUUGCUGAUUCUAACCGACUGGAUCCUAGCAACGAAAGCACGGUGGGAUUUCUUUUGAACUUGCUGCCACUACGUUUCCGGACACUUCCAGAUAAUUUCACCGAUGUUCUUGCGGGUACCCGGGACGCAUGCUAUGGUGCGCUGACCCACUCUGCUAUGCCUUUCGAUAAACUGCUCGACGAACUAGCAGUCCCCCGGAGCAACACACAUAGUCCACUGUUUCAGGUCCUAAUGGAUUGGCAACCUCGCCUUGGAGGUGAAGUGAAACUAGGAGACAUAACCUCAUCCUGUACGAAGAUGACUGUCGGACGAACAAUCUAUGACCUUACGCUUCUCGUCACCGAGUCUGCUCGAGGCGAUGCGACAAUUCACUUCCGGACCCAGAAAGCACUUUACUCCAAGGAAGGCAGUGAGGUUCUUGCUCGCAGUUACAUUAACCUUUUGGAAGCGUUCACGGGUGACCUCGAUCUUCAAGUGCAUGCACCAUGCAUUUGGCACCCUUCAGACCUGGAGCGCGCUGUUGAGGUUGGCCAAGGCCCGACUUACAAGUCACAAUGGCCUUCCACUGUAUCAAGAAGGAUCGAGGAAGUUUCUGUCGCCCAGCCAAGCAACACUAUCGCUGUAAUGGACACCAAAGGUCGCAGCUUCACCUAUCGAGGGAUGAUGGAUCGUGUACGCACGUUGGCCUUUGCAUUGCGGGAUGUCGGUGUCGGCCCGGGUUCAUUUGUCUGCAUAUUCCAGCACCCAACCGCAGAAUGGGUGUGUUGCAUGCUCGCGAUCUGGCGCCUCAAUGCAGUCUAUGUGCCGCUUGACCUACGUAACCCGCCCAGCCGACUAAUGACGGUCAUCCAAGACUGUCAACCCACAGCUAUAUUCUGUAAUGAUGAAACGGACCCCAACGUUAGAGACCUAGGUUGCCCUGGCAUAGCGCUACUAAAUACGUCGGAAAUUUGCGCCUACGGCGGCUUACCAUUAACCGUUCAUGAUCUCUCGAGCCCAGAUGCGCCUGCCGCUGUUCUUUACACAAGUGGGUCAACUGGCAAGCCCAAAGGUAUUCUGCUUCGACACUCUAGUAUCCGAAAUCAAGUUGAGGGAUACACACGGCGCUGGGAGUUAGGGCCGGAGGUAGUACUCCAACAGGGAGCCAUGACAUUCAAUCACUCGUUGGAUCAGAUAUUGACGGGUCUUUGUACCGCUGGCCGCGUGGUGGUGGCCACACGCGAUAUUCGCGGGGAUCCUGUGUCGCUUACCAAGUUGAUUGGGGAUGAACAAAUCACUUAUACCAAAGCAACUCCGGCUGAAUAUUCAAUGUGGCUGCGGUAUGGGUCUGCCUCACUGCGUACAGCUACCAACUGGAAACAUGCCUUCGGGGGUGGCGAGCACCUGACCACUACACUCUCGCAGGGAUUCCAGGCGUUGGAACUACCCAAUCUAUCUCUGUACAACUCGUAUGGACCAGGGGAGAUUACUAUCUCCUCUCACAAAAUGAAGAUUGACUACAAAGAGCCUAGUGUGACUCCGGAUGACAUUUUUCCCGUCGGCUUCUCGUUACCUAAUUAUACCACAUAUGUUGUCGACGAGGACAUGCAGCUCGUGCCCCCCGGAGUCUCGGGCGAGAUUUUGAUAGGGGGUGCUGGGCCGUGCUUAGGAUAUCUUCAUCGUGAAGCCUUGACUGCAGAGAAGUUUAUCGAAAGCCACUUUGCAUCAUCUGAAUACACCCAGUCUGGCUGGACCAGGGCAUACCGAACUUUUGAUCGUGGUCGCCUACUAAGUGAUGGGUCCCUGGUGAUCGAAGGUCGGUUGGAUGGAGACACACAAGUGAAGAUCCGUGGCAUCCGAAUUGAGCUUGAGGACAUCGAAAAUAGUAUCAUCCAAGCUUCAGAUGGCAAGGUGCUGAAUGCGGUGGUCUCUAUCCACGGUGAGGACAGCCAGCUGCUCACAGCUCAUGUUGUCCUUGCACCGAGUACACAGGGCGGUGCACCUUCUGACCUCGACGGCUUCCUCCAGCAGCUGCGAGCAAACCUUCCUCUUCCGCAAUAUAUGUGUCCAUCUGUCUUCAUACCGGUCCAUGACUUUCCCCUCACCAUCCAUGGUAAGGUAGACCGAAAAGCCAUUCGUGCCAUGCCACUGCCACAAGCACCCACGAGCAACCGCCCUGUCGAGGAGCUGUCGGGGACAGAAGCCAUGCUCCGGGAGAUCUGGGCUCAGGUUCUGGAAUCGACCUCACUAGAUGCUACUGGCGUCGGUCGCGAGGAUGACUUCUUCAUGGUAGGAGGAAAUUCUGUUUUGCUAGUCAAGCUCCAAGCGCUCAUCCGGCAGACCCUGCGAGUCUCUGUGCCGCUGGUGGAGCUUUUCUCAGCAAGCACCUUGGGUGCCAUGGCCGGAGUUGUACAAAAUGCGAUCCCUACCAUUGAGCUCAAUUGGAUGGAGGAAACGUCGCUGCCGGACCUGGCCAUCAAUCACGAACCACCGCGGCCGGUAACAGAUCAAGGCAUCGUCAUUGUCUUAACUGGCGCCACGGGCUUUCUGGGCCACGUAAUUCUCCAACGGCUCCUUGCCGAACCUACCGUGUCUCAUAUAUAUGCUGUUGGAGUCCGUACCGAGGGCAGAGGCAUUGGCCGACCUCUUCCUUCAGCUUCUCCUAAAUUCACCGCGCUGAACGGAGACCUUGGUCAACUCAUGUUUGGGCUCGAUGAAAGCACCUUUGCUACGCUGGCAGCUUCCGCCCAUGUCAUAAUUCAUUCCGGUGCCAACCGGUCAUUUUGGGACGCUUACCCCAUCAUUCGUGGCGCGAACGUGCUAGGCACCAAGAAUGUCGUCGCCCUUGCCAGCCACCGGAAAAUCCCGAUCCAUUUCCUCUCCAGUGGUGCGGUAGAGAAGGUAGUUGAAAGCAAUGCCGCCCCGCCGACAGACGGCCGUAAUGGAUAUCUCGCAUCAAAGUGGGCAAGUGAGAAGAUCCUAACAACGGCGGCUGAGAAGAUGAACACGCAGGUGACCAUCCACCGUCUCACACAGGCCCCGAAUGUGCAACCGCCACCGCAGGAUAUAAUUGCCGCCUUUUCUGCAAUAGCAGAACAGAUGAACUGCAUUCCAACGGCCCAGGGAUGGGGUCGCCUCAUCUCCCUUCUGCCUCUCGGCGAGCUGGCUACGUCUAUUGUAAGGUGUGCAUUGAUCAGUGUUGGUCAACAGGUAUCAGCAAAAGUGACGAUCGAAAAUCAUAUGAUCUCGACCACAUUUGAGUUAUCGGAUGCAGCAGAAGCUGUUGACAGGACUGUUGUAGGAGCCGAUCAGAUGGACUCUCUGCAUAUGCUGUAUUGGCUUGGUAGAGCAAAGAGGGAAUCAAAGUUCCCGUGGUUUGUCGCUGCGCAGGAUGUCAUUGUCAACUCGGAGUGCCAAACUGUACGUGUUGAGUUGGACUAG